GUUGGCUUGGCUGCUGACCGUAGCACCACGCCGAGCAGCGGGAGACUGAAAACCCGGGCGGACGCUGAAUUCGCCUGUUUGGCUCCCAGGUCCCUUUCCUUCUCGUCCCGUCUGCCAGCGGGGUUUUCUGGGCAGCUGAGUGAGCACCCAACGGAAAGCAAGAGCUUUGCCGUCUCCGCUUGGAGAGGCGCGCCGGGCGCUGAGAAGGGGGAAGGACCGUGCCCCGGGGGCGGAGGGGCGCGGGCGCGUUUGCGGGCGAAGAGGAAGUUAAGCUCGGUGGAGAAGACUGGCAUUUCAGGACGCCUUGAAACCACCGCCGGGGCCCUGGGAACGGAGUAAACUUCACCGUAGCCUUGAAAGCGUGCGCGUGGACGAUGCCGGGUAUCUCCCUCCGCUCCUGAAAGUCAGCCCCGCUUCCUCGACACCCCAGUCCACAGCCCGCCGCUGCCGAGAGCUCGGGGCAGCGCACGUGUGCAGACGGGGAGUGACCGCGCCGUGACCCGCCCAGGGGCAAGGGCGUCGGCCGCAGCGCAGUCCAGAAUUGGACGCACCUGGCCCGGACCGUGCGCUUUUUCAGAGACUUGCACGGGAGCGCGGGGCUCCCCAAGUGAUCGUCUCUUCACCUCCCCUCCAGCCUGGGCUAUUUGGGGGCGCCCCCGGACGACCAUGAGAGAUAAGGACUGAGGGCCAGGAAGGGGAAGAGAGCCCGCUGAGAGGUGGCGGGGGCUGAGCACACCAAGGGCCACAGCGGCCUCGCUCCGGCCUCGCCCCGCAGCUCGACGCCUCGCGGGCCCCGCGGGGGUAGCCCGGCCGGGCUGGGAUGCCGGGGCUGGGGCGGAGGGCGCAGUGGCUGUGCUGGUGGUGGGGGCUGCUGUGCAGCUGCUGCGGGCCCCCGCCACUUUGGCUGUCCCUGCCCGAAGCGGCGGCCGCCACCGCCGCGGGACAGCUGCUGGUGGACGGCGGGAGCCCUACCGGUGCGGAGCCGCGGCCGCUGCCGCAGUCCUCGUCCUCGGGCUUUCUGUACCGGCGGCUCAAGACGCACGAGAAGCGCGAGAUGCAGAAGGAGAUCUUGUCGGUGCUGGGGCUCCCGCACAGGCCUCGGCCACUGCACGGCCUCCAACAACCGCAUCCCCCAGCCCUCCCGCAGCAGCAGGCGGAGGAUCCCCCUCCGGGGCGGCUGAAGUCCGCGCCCCUCUUCAUGCUGGAUCUGUAUAACGCCCUGUCCACCGACGACGAGGAGGACGGGGCAUCGGAGGAGAGCGGGCGACAGCCUUGGCUGCACCGAGGGGCCAGCUCGUCCCAACUCCGGCAGCCGUCUCCGGGCGCUACACCCCAGUUCCACCGCAAGAGCCUCCUAGCCCCGGGUCCCGGCGGGGCUGGCGGCGCUUCUCCGCUGACCAGCGCGCAGGACAGCGCCUUCCUCAAUGACGCGGACAUGGUUAUGAGCUUUGUGAACCUGGUGGAGUACGACAAGGAAUUCUCCCCUCGCCAGCGACACCACAAAGAGUUCAAGUUCAACUUAUCCCAGAUUCCUGAGGGUGAGGCGGUGACGGCUGCAGAAUUCCGCAUCUACAAGGACUGUGUUGUGGGCAGUUUUAAAAACCAAACUUUUCUUAUCAGCAUUUAUCAAGUCUUACAGGAGCACCAGCACAGAGACUCUGACCUAUUUUUGUUGGACACUCGAGUUGUGUGGGCCUCAGAAGAAGGCUGGCUGGAAUUUGACAUCACAGCCACUAGCAACCUGUGGGUGGUGACCCCACAGCACAACAUGGGACUCCAGCUGAGUGUGGUGACGCGAGAUGGACUCCACAUCAACCCACGCAUGGCAGGCCUGGUGGGCAGAGACGGCCCUUAUGACAAGCAGCCCUUCAUGGUGGCCUUCUUCAAAGUGAGUGAGGUCCACGUGCGCACCACCAGAUCCGCCUCCAGUCGGCGCCGACAACAGAGUCGCAAUCGCUCCACUCACUCCCAAGAUGUGUCCCGGGUCUCCAGUGCUUCAGAUUACAACAGCAGUGAAUUGAAAACAGCCUGCAGGAAACAUGAGCUUUAUGUGAGUUUCCAAGACCUGGGAUGGCAGGACUGGAUCAUUGCACCAAAGGGCUAUGCUGCCAACUACUGUGACGGGGAGUGCUCCUUCCCGCUCAACGCCCACAUGAACGCCACCAACCAUGCCAUCGUGCAGACUCUGGUUCACCUUAUGAAUCCCGAGUAUGUCCCCAAACCAUGCUGUGCACCAACAAAACUAAACGCCAUCUCAGUUCUUUACUUUGAUGACAACUCCAAUGUCAUCCUGAAGAAAUACAGGAAUAUGGUCGUACGAGCUUGUGGAUGCCAUUAAAUAAACACCAGUCACCGGGGACACACGUUCCACACAGGAGCCCUCCUCGCCUGCCUUACCAGCCAUACAAGCACAGUGGGAAUGGGAUGGUGAAGCCCAAACCACCUCCUGCUGGUGCCUUAUUGCCCAAGGAUUUUAGAAGGAUCUCAAUGAUUUGAUCACUAGGUAAAAAAACAGGAGCAGUUACGGGUCUGUAAGAAGCUGUUUGGACCUUUGCAGUAUGAGGUCUCGGUAAUGCAAAAUUAGAACUUUGAACAUCCCCCCCCAUUAGUUUUAGCUUUAACUUAGGUCAAGCUAUUCGUGGUAUUAAUGAUCUUUAAGGGUGGACUUGUCACAGAGGAGGUGGGUGGUGUUCCUGUUCACAGAUCUCAUUCCAGAAAGGUUUCAAACAGCCGGGCUAUAAGCAGGGCUCUUGAAGUGCCUUUUUGUUUGUGCUGGAGUUCUAUCAGUUCAAACAACGUGUCCACACCUUCCCCUUCCAGUUGUAUUCUUUGUUGGGACCAAAGUGGUACAGCUAUGGGGGGGAGGGGUAGCCCUCAGUCACGAACAGGUAGUGUGGAAAGCAGUUCUGCACCUCUUCUCUGAGAAGCACCCGGUCCUGUUCACUCCUGCAGCCUUCUGUCUCUUACUGUACAGUAGCUGCCCAUGUUGCAGGGUUAUGUGGGGGAGGGGCACCCUGCCUCCAGGAAAGGGCUGGGGUGUACUGUUUAUGAACCAGAAUCACAAUGUCUCUUAUAGAAAAUGACUCAGAUGGAAUCCUUAGAAUAUUUUUUAAAAAGUCUUCUCACAAUCAUGUACUGGGAAACCAAUUUCAUACUAAACUGAUUAAAUAAUACAUUUAUAAUCUAA